AUGGUCGAGCAUUGCCAAAAUCCAUCAGUAUGGAAAGUGGCGGUUGAGGUGGUUCUUGAGCCCAAAUCCAUACCAUGUAGCAACAACAGUAUCACCUCUAAGGAUGAGUUUCCGUUUGAGUUGAUCGAUGCUGAGUGCGAUGAGGGACAGAGAAUGAAGGACGAAUGGAUUGUUGUAGGUGAUUGGUUAUUGUUGCUAUUAUGCAAGGAUAAUGCGUUUUUGCGGGUUAUAUGUUCAGCAAUGGACAGCAGGGCUGUUUUUGGGACUGGUUUUGGACAGUCUUGGACAGUUUUGGGCAACAUGUGCAGGUUGUUUGUUAUAGCAGGAUGGCAAGGCUGGUUUUGA